AUGAACCAGUCGGCUCUCAUCCUGAGGACGGCCUUGCUGCUCCUGCUGCUGGUGUACAGCACUGACGCUAAGAUGGACAUCAUUACCAGUAAGCAAGACCUUCACGUGGGAGAAGAAAUCUUACUGUUGUGUAAAGCCGGCGGAGACGGAGAGAUAACAUGGCAGAAGGACGGGGUGGAUAUCGAUGAUGAGGAAAUUGUGGAAAAAGUGGAUGAAACCUCCUCUAAGCUGGUGAUUAAGAAGGCUACGAUGGGGAAUGCGGGCAGGUAUACCUGUUUGUGUGAGUUUGACAGCGGACACACUGAUGAAGUUCAGACAACGCUCUAUGUUUAUGAGGGUCCAUCAUUUGGAAGCACCACCACCUAUCAUGAGUUUCUGGUAGGCACAAAUGGGACAGUGCCGUGCCUGGUGACCGGACAGCCGGCGGUGGAUGUUCACUGGUUCAGAGACAAAAAAGAGAUCUCUUCUCAUGGAAGACGUGUGUUUCAGAUGCGUGACAACUCGCUCUUUAUUGAAAAAGUGGAGCGAGAGGAUGGUGGGAUGUACGUGUGUCGUGCUCAGAUCAGAGGAAGGCCCAUCUACCAGGAUCUCUCUGUCUCUGUUGUUAUCAAUUCUCCUCCUACUGCGCGCCUGAAGGAAGAGGUGAAAAAAGUGAUGGCCGGACCUGAAACCAACGUCUCACUACUGUGUUUAGUAGGCGGCCAUCCAAAACCCAACAUUACCUGGAACAUGCCCGUGAUGUUUGACCCUUCCCGUCAUCACUUCAACUCGGACCGCAGCCAGUUGACGAUAUUGUCCGUUGCCAGGGCCGACUAUGGAGAGUACAUCUGCACCGCCACCAACAAGUUAGCCGAGAGCAGCGCUGCUCUCAUGCUUCACGUCUUCGAGGCCCCAGAGGUGUUUGUGUCAGCAGAUGAGCAGCGAGUGUUGACGGGCGAGCGGGUGUCUGUGUCCUGCAAUGUGUCUGGCCAUCCUCAGCCUGAGCUACACUGGCUCAACAAGCACAACGGACGCACACUGGAUUUAACCUCCGGUCGAGUCCGUGUGGUGGACGGUGUGCUGCUGAUUGAUGACAUGGUGCCCUCUGAUGGCGGAUUGUAUUCCUGCAUGGCCGUCAGCUCUUUUGGAAAUGCUUCUCGAGAUGUUGCAAUAUACACUCAGCCCGGGCCACCAUUCUACCUCUCAGUCUCUCCGGGCCCGACCUCAGUUCUCUUCUCCCUCAAGACCCUACCCAUCAAUGGAGGAACCCCAAUCAGAAGUUUUGUCCUGCAGUGGAGGCAAAAUCCAGCAGAACAGUGGAAAGAGACCACAGUCCCAGCUUCAGAUUCUUUAGCGAUCACCAACCUCAAGCCGUACACACUGUACACAGUACGUUUGGCUGCCUUGAAUGCAGUGGGACUGGGACAGUUCUCGGAACCAAACAGCGUUCGCACUCAGGGAAUACAAGGUGAACCCGACUCCCCAGUUCUGUCGUCUCCUGAGAUGAAAGUUGAAGGCAACUCCUUCGCCAUUCCUCUUAAACAGGUGGAUGAUGGCGGAACCCCUCUGCUGCACUUCCACAUUCGAUACAAACAGGAUAAAGACAAGACUGAGUGGAAAGAAAUGCAGCUGUCAUCCAGUGCUGACUCCAUCUCCCUUAAAGACCUGGGUUUCGGCUCAGACUAUCAACUGGAAGUGACAGCCAUCAACGCUAAUGGCUCCUCUAUACCUGCCACAUUCAACUUCACCAUUGCGGAGCAGCCUGUGAACCGCAGCAUGACUAAAGGCACAGUGGUGAGCAUCGUCAUGGUGAUCUUCCUGCUGGUAUUCCUGGUGGUAGACGCCACCUGCUGCUACAGAAACCGCUGCGGCCUGCUCAUGUCCAUCGCCGUGAAACUGUUCGGACAGAAGGUUCCAGGCCUCAAAAUGAUCGAAGAAGGAGACGGAACCACUAAGGGAGAAGUAAAGCUGAAGGGUAUAUCCACUCCAAGAGGCAGUAUUCAGGCAGGGACACUCACCAAGGAGGCCGGGCAGCUCACUGAGGUCACUUGUGACAAGGCCCCGCUCACUAAACACGAGAAAACACAACCAAAUAGACAACUGCCAACUGAUGCAUGAGACCAGCAACAGAAUAAAGAAACAAGAAGCAAAGUUAUAAAAAAACAAGUGAUCAUGUACUGUGCAGACAACAAGACAAAGUCAAACAAUCACCACUAUCCACCAUGGAAAGGAACAAACAUACUGGCACAUUUGUGUGUUAAACUGGGCUCAUCCAGACCGUGGUGCUGUUGGACAGAGAGGAUACACUUCCAGCUGAUAUGAAGACUGACAGACUGGAGAUUUUGCAGUAUUAUUGGUGUUUUUGUUUGCUUCAGUUUUGAUUAGCUGAAAGUCUUUUUACAGGGUAAUCUUGAUGUCUGUUUUUUACAGGGUAAAAUUAUCUAUAUGAUCGUCACAUUGCUUUUGUAAAAAAAAAAAACUUCAACAUGACACAACAAAUGUUUACUUCCUGUGCUUGAAUGCUACACAGACACAAGAGCUUAUUUCAAAUCUCCUUUUAGUGUUACUAACUCUUUCCCUGUGGCAGCUCCACUAACAGUUAUAUCAGUAAGUCGACAUUUUAGUUUUUAUUAUACUGCAGCUUUAUUAACCGUUAAAGCCAAAGUAGCCCUACACUUAUUGUACAGUUAUAUGUGCCUGUAUUUAUUUUAUCCAUUUAACCAUAACUAAAGGAGCAGCGUUCUUCAUGAGAGGUUUUGAAUUCAAAGCCGUAUUUGACUUUUUAUAGCCAGCUUUGCUGUUAAGCACUUUUUUUGUGUAAAGUUUUAAAUGGUCAGCUGCUAACAAGGACCACUAAUGAAAAGCAACUUUUAUUUUGAGAACCAUCUUUAAAGUACCUGUAAUAAUAAUCAAUGUGUGAAAUAUAAUUACACCUGAAGAAAUGAAUUCAUGUAAAUUAUUUUGUAAUUUUAGCUAUAGUAUUAACAUUUACAGUCAACACGUA